UUUUACCGAUUCGAUGCUCUUAUUUCACCUUUGAGAAGGUCAAAUAAAUCACUGACCCAACUCAGCUGCUAGUGAAUUGUGUUGUGCGUGAAUUCUUUAAGACUUGUUAAGAAUUCUAAUUAAUUAUUUACUGUGUAAUAAGAAACAUCAUUUCCAAAAUGCCGAUCAAGUCUAUCAAAGCUCGUCAAAUCUUUGACUCUCGUGGCAACCCUACUGUUGAAGUUGAUCUGGUAACAGAGUUGGGUCUGUUCCGCGCGGCUGUUCCCUCCGGCGCCUCCACCGGUGUGCACGAGGCUUUAGAGCUCCGUGACAAUGUGAAGGGAGAGUACCACGGCAAGGGGGUGCUCACCGCCAUCAAGAAUAUCAAUGACAUCAUCGCCCCUGAGCUGCUCAAAGCUAACAUCGAGGUCACACAGCAGAAGGAGAUUGAUCAACUAAUGCUAAAUCUCGAUGGCACUGAGAACAAGUCAAAGCUUGGUGCUAACGCCAUCCUCGGCGUGUCAUUGGCGGUGGCCAAGGCCGGUGCCGCCAAGAAGGGCGUACCCCUGUACCAGCACCUCGCGGACUUGGCUGGCAACAGCAAUAUCGUAUUGCCUGUACCAGCCUUCAAUGUGAUUAAUGGAGGCUCCCACGCUGGCAACAAGCUGGCUAUGCAGGAGUUUAUGAUCCUGCCUACAGGUGCAUCCAGCUUCAGUGAGGCAAUGCGCAUGGGCACAGAAGUGUAUCACCACCUGAAGAAGAUCAUCAAGGAGAAGUUCGGCCUCGACUCCACCGCCGUCGGAGAUGAGGGUGGCUUCGCGCCCAACAUUCUGAAUAACAAGGACGCCUUGUUCCUCAUCCAGGAUGCUAUCCAGCAGGGCGGAUACACUGGCAAGAUCGAAAUCGGAAUGGACGUCGCAGCAUCAGAAUUCUUUAAGAAUGGCUCCUAUGAUCUGGAUUUCAAGAACCCACAGUCCAACCCGGCUGAUUACCUUCCCUCGGACAAGUUGGCCGAGCUGUACCUCGAGUUCAUCAAGGACUUCCCCAUGGUCUCCAUUGAAGAUCCCUUCGACCAGGACGACUGGGCCGCCUGGGCAAACCUUACGUCGCGCACGCCCAUACAGAUUGUGGGAGAUGAUCUUACCGUCACAAACCCGAAGCGCAUCGCCACGGCUGUGGAGAAGAAGGCAUGCAACUGUUUGCUGCUUAAGGUGAACCAGAUUGGAAGCGUCACGGAGUCUAUUGCCGCACACUUGCUGGCCAAGCAGAAUGGCUGGGGCACCAUGGUCUCCCACAGGUCUGGUGAGACCGAAGACACGUUCAUCGCUGACUUGGUAGUGGGUCUGUCGACGGGUCAGAUCAAGACGGGUGCGCCGUGCCGCUCCGAGCGCCUCGCCAAGUACAACCAGAUCCUGCGCAUCGAGGAGGAGCUCGGCGGCGCCGCCAAGUACGCCGGCAAGAACUUCCGCAGGCCCGUUUAAAUGCGCAUACAACCACCAUAUAUUAUACAAUCACCGCUAGGGCGGUACUUAAUCUUUAGAGAACUUGGCUAUUUUACCGAUAUCUCAAAAUUUAUACGUUAAUGCGCAAAUAAAUGUACAAUACUGA